AUCUUACUAUUCUUUUUUAUUCAUGUGGUUAUUAUAGAAAUAUUUUAAUUAAUUUAAUGCACAUUAUUAUUUAUUGAAUGAACUUGUAUUGAAUAAAGUCAAUUUGUUCAAACCAAAGUUUAAAACACACAUACAAAUAUGGCACGUAAUGCUGAAAAGGCUAUGACCACCCUUGCGAGGUGGAGGGCAGCUCAAAGCAACGAAGGAGCCAGAAAAGAACAAGAGAGAAGACCUUAUUUAGCCUCCGAGUGUCGAGAUUUGAGGAAAGCCGAGAAGUGGAGAAUGCAAAUUAUUAGAGAGAUCGCUAAGAAGGUUGCUCAGAUACAAAAUGCUGGUUUAGGAGAAUUUCGAAUUCGUGAUUUAAACGACGAGAUUAAUAAAUUACUCAGAGAAAAGAGGCAUUGGGAAGCACAAAUAAAAGAACUCGGAGGACCAGAUUAUUCUCGUGUAGGACCACGGAUGCUGGAUCAUGAAGGACGAGAGGUACCUGGAAAUCGGGGUUAUAAAUAUUUUGGAGCUGCAAAAGAAUUACCAGGAGUGAGAGAACUCUUUGAACAAGAGCCUCCACCACCCCCUCGGAAAACACGUGCAGAAUUAAUGAAAGAUAUAGAUGCCGAUUAUUAUGGAUAUAGAGACGACGACGAUGGAAUUUUGUUACCGUUAGAGCAAAAAGCGGAACAUGAAGCAAGAGACAAAACUAUAAAAGAAUGGCUACAGCAGAAGAAUAAAGAGUCAGAUUCGGAAGAAGAAAUAGAAACGACUUCACAAAAACGUAUACCAUCGCAGCAAGAUAUACAAGAAGCAUUACUUGCAAGAAAAAAGAGAGAACUAUUGGAGAAAUAUGUUCUCUGACUGACACUUUAUUUUUUAUGCUCUUAAUAACAACUAUUCAUAAAUUUAUUUAAUUGUAUCAGAGUACAUUUUUAUAAAACGCGAUAAAUAUAGUUAUUUAUUUGUAAGUAUGUAAUAACAUUGAUCAAGGUAAUUAUUUUGUGCAGUAGACGUUUAAACUUUAAUCGUUACUUAUCGAGAAAAGGGUGCUGUAGAUAAAAUAUAAAUAAAAAUCCGAUGAGAUAGUCUGUUUAUAA